AGAAAUCCGGGUGUGGAGCAAGGUCCCAUCAUUUACAAAAUUAUAAAAAAGUAGUUGCCUUGCAGGUGUUGCAAUUUUUAUAAAAUUCGCAGCGAAAGCGAUCGAUUUAACUUAAUCUGUCUGUGAAGAAACGGUUAUAAGACAAAAUGGCACAAAUGGACAUAGAGUUAAAGAAGGCAUUCACAGAGAUGCAGAUAAACAAACUGGAGACUACCAAGAAGAUCAACAUGAUCGACAUGAAGUGCGACAUGGUCAAGACGGGCAAACACAAGUACCAGCUCACAGAGAAGGGCACGAGCAGCUUAUCUGAAGACACAAGAGUUUACCAGUCCGUGGGCCGCAUGUUUCUGCUGACCGAUGUGCAGAACAUGCGUGAGGAUCUCAAAGCCAAACAGGAUAAGUGCGACAAGGCGAUAGAACUGCUCGAAAAGAAGAAAGAGUUCCUGCAGAAGUCGCUCAAGGAUCAAGAGGACGGUCUUCGCGAGCUGGUCCAGCAGCGCAAGGAGGCCGACCUAACUGCGAAAUAGACAACUCGGCAUUUAUCCCUCAAUGCAAUUGUUUAUUUAUUUUCAAUAUAUUCGUCUAAAUUGAA